UCUUAUAGAGUUGUUUAGUUGUGGAGAUGGCGAUAACCUACUUACUCGUAUUCUGCUUAGCAGCCACCGCCUGCAGCUGCCAAGAGAAUAAGUUCCCACCGUGGUUCUUGUUCGGAGCGGCCUCGGCGAGCUACCAGAUAGAAGGAGGCUGGAAUGCUCAUGAUAAGGGCGAGAGCACAUGGGACAGGCUAGUGCACACGAACCCCGCGGCGAUAGAGGACGGCUCGAAUGGCGACGUGGCGUGCGACUCCUACCACCUGUGGAUGCGAGACAUCGAGAUGGCCGAGGAGUUGGGGCUCACCUUGUAUAGGUUCUCCAUAUCCUGGCCUCGUUUGCUCCCGACUGGAUACCCCAACAUCAUCAGCGAGGACGGCAAGAACUACUACAACAAUCUGAUAGACGGACUGCUGGAGAAGGGGAUCGAACCACUUGUCACCAUGUACCACUUCGACUUGCCGCAGUCUUUGCAGGAUUUGGGUGGCUGGGCCAACCCCCUCAUCAUCGACUGGUAUGUCGACUACGCAAGGGUUGUAUUUUCUCUCUACGCCGACCGAGUUAAGCUAUGGCUGACUCUCAACGAGCCAUUCGGCAUAUGCGACGCAGGGUACAACUUGCAACAUGCACCGUACUUGAACAACACCGACUUCGGGAGGUUUAUGUGCAAUAAGAAUGUGAUGCUGGCCCAUGCUAAGACUUGGAGGGUCUACGAUGAGGAAUACAAACCUUUAUAUCAUGGUAAAGUAUCACUGUCGACAUUGUUCAUCUGGUAUGAACCUGCGACCCCCGAGGACCAGGAGCUCACAGAUCUUGUAAUAGAGCAUUGGGAGGGUCGCUACGUUCACCCCAUCUUCUCGAAGGAAGGUGGCUGGCCUCCAGCCAUCGAGAAGUUCCUGCUAGAGGAUGGAAAGAAGAAAGGUUAUCCCAACCCUCUUCUGCCACCCUUCACCGACGAAGAAAAGGAACUUGUUAGAGGAACCUACGACUUCUACGGUUUGAACCACUAUUCAUCGCGUCUGGUGAGGAAAGCGAAGCCAGGAGAAGUGUUCUCCUGGCCUUACUACGGUUCCCCUGAACUCGGCGUUGUCUUCGAGAACCAUCCCGAUUGGAAACAGGCUGCUCUCAACUGGUUUGCGUUAUACCCUGAGGGUCUCCUACACCAGUUGCGCUGGCUAAAGAAGACAUAUGGAGUUGAGGAGAUCCUAAUCACAGAGAAUGGGUACAUGGACUCGUACAAGGGUACUGAUGACUGGGAGAGACUUGGCUACAUAAGGGAUAAUCUGGAACAGGUGCAACUGGCCUUGCAGGAAGGUAUCAAUGUAACUGGAUAUACUCAUUGGACUCUCAUGGAUAACUUCGAAUGGACGUCUGGAUACACAGUAAACUUCGGACUGUAUGCUGUAGACUUUUCGGAUCCGAAUCGCACUCGGACACCUAGAGAGUCGGCCAAGUACUACUCGCAAGUGACGCGAGCCCACGCCCUUCUGCCUUUGCCACCACGAGACGAAGCAUAGCAUAAACAGGGAUCUAUCAAAAGAUGAUGAAUAAAAUCGGAUUAAAUAUGUGUUGAACAAA